CUUCAUCAAACGUGUGACCAUGCUAUCAACGAACACCACAUUAGCACAACAGAAGCAGAAAAUCUUCCAAACACUACGACUGAAUAACUACCCAUCAUCAUUGAUAAAUAGAAUCAUCAAUCGGAUCAACAACGACAACCAACACACUCCAACCGCAGCACCAUCGCCAAGAUCAACGCAAACACCACCUACGCCAUCCCCACCCGCAUAUGUGUCUAUACCACCACCGUCACCAACACAUCUACCACCGCCUCUACCACCACCGCCACCACUACGUCCACCGCAAUCACCACUUCCGCCUACGCAAUCAUCGCCGAAUCAAAUACCACCCGAUAGUCCUGAACCACAACAGAAGAAUGAUUUCAUCUACAGAUCAUUGCCAAACAUUCCCAUCUUGAGCCACGCAAUUUCCACAAUUUUAAAAACCGAUUACCCUUCAGUUAGACUAGCUACAAAAACAAUAAGAUCAACUAAAAAUAUUCUAGGCAAAGUUAAGGACCCUGUACCAAAUUUAGAACAACAUAACAUUAUUUACAGUAUACCAUGUUCUGACUGCAAUAAUGUAUACAUAGGCAUGACCACCAAUCAUCUUAAAAAGAGAUUAAGUGGCCAUAAAUCGAACAUAAACAAAACAAUACAAAUCCAACAAAAUACACCUCCAAAUAAUAUCCCACAAGCCACUACAGCAUUGGUACAACAUAUGAUCGAGCAAAACGUUUUUGAUCUCGAUAGUACACAAAUAUUAGACAGCUCAUUCAAAACAUCCACCUUACCUAUAUUAGAAAUGUGCCACAUCACCAAUACCAACAAUACGGUUAACUACAGAACAGAUGUAGAUGGGUUAAACGCAACGUAUGCUGGUAUUCUACACACUGUUAAAACUCAACUCUCUCGCAGUAAAACAGAACACAAUAUUACAAACAACGACACAAAUGAGUCGAUAUAGCCAAGCCACCAUUGUUACUCACCACUAUUUUCAAAUUAUCCGUUUGUCGAGUCAUUAAGUGUACAGUGUAUUGAUGUUAAACAGUGUCUCAUCUAAUGUAAAAAUUAUGUUAAUGACAGUCAAAUUAUGUGUUCAAAUACCAGAAGCUCCAACCCUAGCAUAUAUUUUUAUAGUUGUUAAGUGUACGAAGAACGGCAGACAGCGUAUGUUAAACCGAUAAGUUUUGUUAUGUUACGUGCUCCUAAUUGUUCACUCUGUUUUAGUUUUCCCUUGAAAAAGACCCAAUAAACGGGCCGAAACGUCGGGCAAUGCAAAUAUAAACCCGUUUGAAUAUAUCAGACUGA